UAAUUUUGUUAAUGUCAGUGUCAGUGUCCAAUCGUGAGACGGAUCGACGUCACAGCGCUCGCGAGCAGCAGGACCAAACAAGCAACAUCAUCCCAGAGCGCGAGCCUUGCAUCUCCGCCUCAUAACGAGAUAGAAGAUAAGAUGGCCACCUCCUCCUCCAAUCUGGAAGAAGAUGAAAGUCUGAAAGGCUGUGAGGUUUUCGUGCAGAAACACAACAUACAGCAGAUCCUCAAAGAGUGCAUCGUCAACCUGUGCAUCGCCAAGCCCGAGCGGCCUAUGAAGUUCCUGCGGGAACACUUCGAGAAGCUGGAGAAGGAAGAAUGCAAGCAGAUCAUGGCCCGUCAGAAGUCCAACUCACAGUCGGACUCUCACGAUGAUGAAGUGUCUCCUCCUCCUCCAAACCCGGUGGUGAAGGCCAGGCGCCGGAGAGGUGGAGUCAGUGCUGAAGUCUACACAGAGGAGGAUGCCGUCAGCUACGUCAGAAAGGUCAUUCCAAAGGACUACAAGACGAUGACCGCCCUGGCCAAAGCCAUCUCUAAGAAUGUGCUGUUUGCCCACCUAGAUGACAAUGAGAGAAGUGACAUAUUUGAUGCCAUGUUCCCGGUCACUCACAUCGCAGGGGAAACGGUAAUCCAGCAAGGUGAUGAAGGAGACAACUUCUAUGUGAUUGAUCAAGGAGAAGUUGAUGUGUAUGUAAACGGUGAAUGGGUGACCAGUAUCGGAGAGGGUGGUAGUUUUGGAGAGUUGGCUCUGAUAUAUGGAACUCCUCGGGCUGCUACUGUGAAAGCCAAGACUGACCUGAAACUGUGGGGCAUAGACCGAGACAGCUACCGACGCAUCCUUAUGGGAAGCACGUUGAGGAAGAGGAAGAUGUAUGAAGAGUUCCUUAGUAAGGUGUCUAUACUUGAAUCCCUUGAUAAGUGGGAGAGGUUGACUGUGGCCGAUGCCCUGGAGCCUGUGCAGUCUGACGAUGGAGAGAAGAUCGUAGUGCAGGGAGAACCGGGAGAUGAUUUCUUCAUCAUAACAGAGGGUACAGCAUCUGUUCUCCAGCGCAGGUCUGAUAAUGAAGAAUAUGUCGAAGUGGGCCGCCUGGGUCCGUCUGACUACUUCGGUGAGAUAGCCCUGCUGCUGAACAGACCCCGUGCAGCCACAGUCGUGGCCAGGGGUCCGCUCAAGUGUGUGAAGCUGGACCGGCCACGUUUUGAGCGUGUCCUCGGGCCCUGCUCUGAGAUCCUCAAGAGGAACAUUCAGAGAUAUAACAGCUUCAUUUCUCUCACAGUCUAACCCGACCGUCUGACACGCGUCUAGAGGUUACAGACCUCCGUCAGCUUACUUGGGUGCCUGGUUGCAUAAAAUAAUGUGUGGUACUUCAUCGGUUUUGCUUAAAUCAUUAGCUUAACUAUAGUUGAGUUGUUCUGUGGCAACUAAUAAAAAACAACUACUUUUAUGCAGCCAAGCAUUUAGUUUUUACUUCUUUCUUUCUUUUUGCAAGAUGCACAAGUGCUCCACCUUUCUGCAUUUUUCCUUUAUGUAAUUUUCUUUUUCUUACGUGCACUUUGAAUUGACCUAUGCUGUCACAGAGCUUUAUUUCAGCAGAUUAGGAGAGGAAACAAGGUGCCCAAACAGACUGG